AUGGCCGGCAGCGUCGAGCAAGUCCUGGGCUGGUUCCCCGGCGGAGACGCCAUCGCCAGGUGCAGCGCCACCUCCCUCUCCUUCUCCUCCGCCGCCGCGUCCCACGACGGCGAGGACCGCAUCAGCGCCCUCGGCGACCACAUCCUCUGCGACAUCGUGUCCCGCCUCCCCGUCAAGGACGCCGCCCGCACCGCCGCGCUCGCCUCCCGCUGGCGCCACAUCUGGCGCUCCACCCCGCUCGUCCUCUACGACGCCCACCUCCUCCCCUCCGACCGGGACCGCGUCGCCGCCGCCGUCGCCCGCGUCCUCGCCAACCACCCGGGCCCCUUCCGCACCGUCAGCAUCUCCUCCUGCGACUUCGCGUCCCGUGAGCCGGAGCUCGUCGCCGAGUGCGCGCGCCUCCUCGCCGCCAAGGGCGUCGAGAACCUCGUCCUCGUCAACGACCUCGACGACUGCAGCCGCCUCCCCGCCGUCCCUUCCGACGUCCUCCGCUGCGCCUCGCUCCGCCGCCUCUUCCUGGGGUUCUGGAGGUUCCGCAGCAACUCCGCCGCCGGCCCACCCCCACCCACCGAUGGGUUCCCGCACCUCCUGGAGCUCACCGUGUUCGGCACCCACAUGCCCGGCCACAGCCUCGACCACCUGCUCGCCUCCAGCCCCGCCCUGGGCACCCUCGCCCUCGUCCUCAGCAGAACCCGCGAGCGCGUCCACCUCCAAAGCCUCAGCCUCAAGUGCGUGCUCCUCUGGCAUUACUCAACGCAAGAGGUCGUCAUAUCCAUGGACUCCCCGCUCCUUGAGCGUCUCAUCCUGUGGAAGACACUUCACGAUGGCGACGACAAUGUGGUGGUGCCUAUGAGGGUCAAGAUUGAUGGCCCGACCAACCUACGGUUGCUUGGCUACCUGGAUAUGGAUAUCAGAGUUCAUCAGCUGCAGAUUGGCGACAAUGUCAUCGAGCCUGACACAGAGGUGAGCCCAAGCACCGUGGUUCCAAGUGUAAAAGUACUAGCCUUGCGGGUGAACUUUGGUGUCUUGGAGGAGGUCAAGACCAUGGCCAACAUCCUCAGAUGCUUUCCCAAUGUUCGCAAGCUGCACAUCGAGUCUGUCCUAGCCGCAGAUGAACCCACUGCAAGUCACAAUGCCAACUUCUGGCGAGAGCUCCGCCCCAUCGAAUGCCUCAAGUCGCGUGUCAGGAAGAUAUUCAUCCAUGAAUUCCGCGGGGAGCAAAGCGAAAUGGAAUUCCUUGGGUUCGUUGCCAGGAGUGCCGUGAAGGUGCGGAAUCUGCUUUUUGGGGUUACCAAAGAAAUAUUUGCUUCGGGGCCUAUGGUGAAUGAGGCGAUAAGUAAGGUGGCGGCUCUGUCGCGUGGAUCAUGGAACUGCGACAACUGUAACGUGGCGGUGGUGAGGCCCAACGGUUGGAGCUUCCACACAGCAUCUGAUCUCUCCAUUAAGGACCCUUUCCACUGAUGCACCUGAAGCAGCUUGUUGAUUCUAGCCUCAUGAGGUAUCAUGUAUGCACACU